AUGGAUAUGCCACAAGGAUUCAGCCCGGGGAUGUUAUCAUUCCCCGACCAAGACUUUGACUACAGCGCUUUUCUCCAAGCAGACGAUAUAACCUUUGGUGAAAGCGCCCAGAGUCAAUUACCAUCAACUUCAGACUCAUCAGACAAAGCAACACCCCCGUCAGGUUCCAGCAGCGAAGUCGCUGUUCAAAGGCCCUCAGCUCAGAAACAGAGACUUGAGCGGAGAGGUCAUACAAAGAGCAGAAGAGGAUGUUAUAACUGCAAGAGAAGGCGUAUCAAGUGUCAAGAAACUCAUCCUGCUUGUGGACAUUGUACAAAAACAGGGCUCAAAUGCGAGUAUCCGUCUACGCCACAGAUCACUCAUCAGCCACAUCACCAGGUUCCGUUGUUCAGUCUUCAGGACAUGCGUUUCUUCCAGCACUUUCUGACACAAUGCUAUCCUCACCAUCCCCUAAAGCAAGAGGACAUUUGGACUCAUGAGAUACCUUGCAUUGCACACAAUAAUGAAUAUCUCAUGCAUGCCAUUCUCGGCUUCUCCGCAUCUGAACUCAUGAGAGACGACCCCAGCAUUUUAUCAUCCGCCAUGAACCAUCGCAUUAAAGCCAUAAGAGCCAUCAAGAAACGCCUUGCAGAAACGAACAAAUCCUCAAUGAAUUACGAGGAAGCUAACGCCAUGGUAGCUACCUGUUACGCCCUGACGUUUCAAUCUGUCUCUCUCGAUGACGGACUGGCCGAGUAUCUAACUUUUAUUCGGGGCAUUAUGAUUGUGGGCAUGCAGAUGAUGUUUCGUGGUAUUAAACCUAUCUUUGAGAACAUGUUUGAGCAGGAGCAGGAUGCGCUGCUUGAACCCCUUAUGCAAGGGCUUCCGCUUAUUCCCAAGGGUUUCACUGAUUCUGCAUUUGAGGCUCUCACUAAUCUGAAACCGUUAUGCACAGAGGAAGUUGAGCUUGAGUAUCACCAACAUCUCAUGACCAUGGUCGAGAAGCUAUAUGUCAAUUCCUGGGAUGCGUACAAAGCAUACACAACGCAAUACGGAUGGUGGAUGCUUCUCCCACACGACACAUUCCAAGCCCUCAUAGACCCAGAUAACCAAGUCAUGCUCCUCCUCCACACGCACUGGGUCGCUAUCAAUGAGAUCAUAACGCCCAUCAGCGGACAGGAGCGCAACGUGUCCAACAAGUAUCCUCCUGACCAGCGAGAGGGAAAGCCAGAUCUCGACCCUGGGUUUUCGCGGUGGUUGAAGUAUCUCAAUCAGAGCAUUGAUCUGGAGCAUCAGAUUUAUAACCAGUGGCCGAUGUGGGUGGAGGAGAAGCUUGACAAUGAUGUUACUUUCUUUGGAAGAGUUGCAUGA